CCCUUAUUUAGAGCACAACAACAACAUUUUCAACAAUUGCACCAUCAACUGAAGCUGACUGUGUUUUGUGUCAUGGCGAGCAGCCAACUGAGCAAGAACUCCAUCAGUGCCUUUGAGGAGUAUGGUGUUCAGAUGAGAAAGCCUCCGAGUGUGGUAGUCAUCUCUUCCACGGGGCCGCCGCACAAACCUGUAUACACAGCAGUUGCUAAGCUGGGUGAAGAAGAGGUGUGCAGGGAAGAAGGCCUCUCAAAACAUGAGGCAAGAAUCAGGGCGGCGGAGAGAGCUCUCCAAAUGCUUACAGUGGAGGACCCCACUUCAAGCACCGACCCUGACAGCAGUGAUCCCUCGGUUGUCAUGGGUAAAGGGGAGGAGACGGUUAGCAAUCCUAUUCCAGACAAGGACCCAGUCUCCGCCCUGAUGGAGUUCUCGCAGGCUUCCAAUCAGAUCGUCACAUUCAACCUCAUCAGACAGGAGGGACCCCCGCAUAUGCCAGUGUUCACAAUGUCGGUAACCCUGGGCAACGAGACUUACCCUGAGGUGAAGGGCAGCAGUGCUAAGAAGACCAAGAAGGAGGCAGCCUGUGUUGUUCUGCAGGAUCUCAUCAAGAAAGGACUGCUGCAGAGAAAGUUCAAAAUCUCCACACCGGCUGGAGCCCAGGCACCUGUUCAGCAGACAAAGAUCAAACUCGGUAUCCCUGGCAAGAAUCCUGUGAGCAUUCUCAACGAGUAUGCACAGAAGAUCAGCAAGAAACUCACGUUUGAAUACACCCAGGAUGGACCUCCGCACCGACCUAAGUUUAAAAUCGUAGCUGUGCUGGAUGAGGAGAGAUUUCCAGAGGUCUCGGCCAUGAAUAAGAAGGAGGGGAACGUAGAGGCUGCACAGCUGGCCCUGGAUGUGUUGGAGGAGAGGGGAGACUACCUGCCUCCCAAAGCCAUCCUGGGCAAAGUGAUGAAAAACAGCGCCAGUGUCAUGAUACCCCCACACGAGAUGGAGCUUCAUGACAGAGUUGCCACGGUUACAAUGACCAAACUGGCGGAGCUACUCCUGCAGACGCCAGAGGCCCUGGUUGGCCGAAAGGUGGUGGCUGCCAUAGUGAUGACCGAUAACAACAACAACCUGUCGCGUGUGGUCAGCCUUGGAACAGGUAAUAGGUGUGUCCAUGGUAACAAGAUCACGGAGGAUGGUACUGUGUUGCAUGACUCACAUGCAGAAAUACUGGCCAAGAGGGGAUUCAAAAGAUACCUGUACGCCCUUCUGGUGCACGACCCCCUGUGUCUACUGAAUAAGGGGGAGGAUGAGAAGUUCAGAUUCAAGCCUCAUAUCACAUUCCAUCUGUACAUAUCUGUGGCCCCAUGUGGGGACGGAGCACUUUUUGUACCCAGUGAUGGUACGAGCGGGAAUGGUUGUCGCGGUGACGAGCACAACCCCAUCUUCAAUAAGCCACAAACACAGGCAUUAAUGCGCGCAAAACAGGAAAAUGGGGAAGGAACUGUACCCAUUAUGGUGGAUGAAGUAGGCCAGACCUAUGAUGGCAUUGUUCAUGGGGGACGACUGCGUAUCAUGUCCUGCAGUGAUAAGAUCUGCAUGUGGAAUGUUGUGGGUUUGCAGGGGGCCCUGCUCUCACAGGUGUUUCAACCCAUAUAUCUGAAGUCAAUCACAUGUGGAGAUCUGUUCAACCCAGGCCAUCUGUCCCGUGCCCUGUGUUGCCGCAUCGACCUUAAGAGGGAGCCGUUGUCAAGGUCACUGCCUCCCGGUUACCGUGUGAACCACCCAGAUUUCGGAGUUCCCAAGAUUCAGACAACGCGUGGGGUGGAGAAGGCUAGGUCAUACUGCAUGAACUGGACCAUGGGAGACUCAGAACCAGAAAUUACUGAUGGGUCAACAGGCCUGACUUUGAAGAGUAUUGGCAAGCCAGAGGGGCCUUCAAGACUCUGCAAGCGGAAGCUGCUGUGGUAUCACAGGAGCAUCAUCAGUGACAAAUCAACAACCAUGAAGACCUACAAGAUGUACAAACUUGACGCGGACGACUACAAUCUGGCAAAGGAGGCCUUCCGACAGCGCAUGAUGGAGCAGAACUACGGCUCCUGGAUUCGGAUGCCACAAGAGAUGGAGCGCUUUACUGGCUAAUAUCUUGUCAUAGUGUUCUUCGGCAUAUUAAAGUAGUGCCAGACAGGGCUUCAAGACCUUUCUUUAAGAUAUUAAUAAGCAGCAAACAGUAUAAAACUUGAACAGACUGCAAGUUACUCGUGAGCUGUUCUGGUUUUAUGCUGGUUUCAUUUAGACAUUUUUACUUUGCGUCUGAGCUGGAAAGUUUUAAGCCAUGACAUGGUUCAUAGAUGUGUUUCUUGUUUAAAGCUACCAAUAAAUAUGGGAAUCCAUAUAAAUGAUAGUAAACAGCAUUGUAUAAGAACAUGUGUACUAUUCAUUAUACCUUUAAGUAAUAACUAUUAUGUCUACAAAUAACUAUUAUAUCUUCUUAAAAGAAAUAGUGAAUCAAUUGCCUAAUUAAAUGUAGAAGGCUGGUUAAAUAAAUAAUGAGAUGUACAGUCCACUCUCCUUAUCUCGAAGUCGGCGGGAACAAGAAAAAAUAUCGAGAUAACGAGAGUUCGAGAUAUCCAAUUAGGCAUUUUCAAAGAAAAAAUGAGACGAAAAUUAACCUUGUUUUUAACAUCUAAAUACCUGCUAAGUGGUCUAACUAAAACCGUCACCGUGUGGAAUAAUACUCUCUACCUGAUAUAUACGCGUUUUUACGAGGCUCGAUUAAUUUUGCUAUUUAAAUGCUUAAAAUGACGUUUUAAGUAUAACAGAAUUGCAUGAACACAUGCAGUUAUAAUUUUACUAAACUGUCGAGUAAACAUCCAGUAAUGUUGCUAUUUAAAGUUAUGAUGCAGUUGACGUCCAAUCAAGACGAGGGUUUUCCAUCUGAACAUGCGUAAAUCACGUUUCGGAAUACUGAACUGUACAUGUACAUUUUGUAGUUUGAAAUGCAAAGUUCAAUCGAUUAUUAAUAAAAAAAUAUAACUCAAUGCAUUUUGGAAUGUUGUUUGUAAAAACAAUCGUAUUUCGACCUUUUGGCAGGCUGUGUAUUAUUGCAGUUAAUUGAUGUUAAAGUGACAGGCCUUACUCAAGUGUUAAUGGCUAACAACAUUACACACGUGUGAUCAUUGAUGCAAUUAACGGAUUAAAUUCCUACCGCACAGUAUCGGGAGCAGCCGGGUGAAGCGGGACGGUGAAGUAUCAAUGCAAAAAUUUCUCACCUUUUGCCGACACUGGAACAGUUAUUCGCACUUUGAGAUAAACCACAGUAAAUACAUGUAAAAUAGGGACUCUGGACAAAAUUUUAUAUCGAGAUAUCGAAUUAUUUGACAUAACGAAAAUCGAGAUAUGCGAUGUUUAUUUAUAUAGAUAAUAAAGGAAAAAAGUUGUGACAUUGAGCUUACUUCAACAUAUCGAGAAUAUCGAGAUAUCCAAUGUCGAGAUAACGAAAGUGGACUGUAUUAUUAAUACAAUCUCAGUACUUAGAUCAUGUAAGUUGAAAUUGGGUACGAGUUAUGUACUUUGGACUUUUGUGUUAUAGUACAAGUCGCUGUAUCCGUUAUGGUACUAAAAACCUCAGGUUAUAAUUUUGUACAUGGUUGGACAUAGUUUGAUAAUUCUCACAGUUUUGAUAAUGAUAAAAUUAUAAUGUUUGUAUUUUAUUAAUUCAUACUAACAUGAGCUGUUGGGGUCAGUUGUUUGUUAUUCAUUGUUUAGGAAAUUACUCAAAAAAUCAUUUUUUUCUGAAACUGUUGAAAGGUGUUUAUUAAAAAUUGGGCAUCUUCAAUUUCAUAUAGUGUUAUUUGACUUCUUGUUCGAACGCUUUCAAAAAUUACAAACUGCAAAUGUUUGAUCCAAAACUUGGUAGUGAUUUUCAAUGCUUGAAAUGCUGUUUGAAUCAUCUAAUUUACAUAAACAUGUACAUGAUGUUGAAAUGCUGUGUUAACAUUUUCAGACCUUAAGAGAUUUUGUAAUAUAAUUGAAUGUUUUAUGGUCUAUUAUUUGGUUUUAAACAAGAGAUUUCAAGUCAAUGUGUAUGAAAUGAUUUUGCAACAACCAUUUUACCUAUUUUGUAUGUUUAUUUUAUGCCAUUCUUUUUAUAAUUGCACUGUAAUUUUAUUGUAUUGUGGUUUGGCAGUCCACAGAUCUUGAUGGCGAUGUAGCUGGCUCACGAUACAGUGUAACAAUUUAAACAGUAAUUUUUUUUUGGUAUUUCAUUUAUAUAAUUUAGUAUUUUUGUUUUCACUAGAACAAAGAUUCAUCUCACUGAAACAAAAUAUGCCCAAAUCAUUAUGCCUCCAUAGGAACAGAUAAAUGAAAUCUAGUAGCCCAGAAUAAAGAAUUAAUUUCUAGUAACUUAAAAAACAUCUCACCAGCCCAGGAAUGUCAGGCUUAUAGUAAGCAUAAUGACUGAUUUUUAUGCCCCCGGAUCGAAUGUUUGGGGGUAUAUUGUUUUUGGCUUGUCCGUCUGUCAUUGUAUGUGUGUAUUUGUGUGUCUGUCUCAAAACUGUAACCUUGGUUAUAACUUUUGCAAUAUUGAAGACAGCAACUUGAUAUUUGGCAUGCAUGUUUAUCUCAUGGAGCUGCACAUUUUGAGUGGUGAAAGGUCAAGGUCAUCCUUCAAGGUCAAAGGUCAAAAAAUUAAAAUAAAUAAAUUCAAAGCGGCGUAUUGGGGGUCAUUGUGUUUCUGACAAACACAUCUGUUGUUUUAUAUUAAAUUUUGUUUAUCUGUACUUAGAAAGAAAAACAAUUUAAUGUCAUAUCAUUUGCAUAGAUGUAUAACUUCAGUAUUACAAUGCUGAGUAUUACUAGACUGUUUUUACAAUCAUUUAAUAUUGUUAAGCUUUAAAGAAGACUCUGUGUUUGUACAAUACCGGUACAUGUAUUCUUAUUGAUAGUAGCACUAUUGGUGCAUUUUACAUACUGUUUUAUGGCAAAAAUUGUGGCGCAUGACGUUCUUUAAAUAUUUUGUUUUAAAUAUUUUUGCCACACCAUUUUAACACCAUUAUCCUAAUGGAUCCAAUAAUUUUUAUAAUCACAUUUGUGUGUAUUCUUUUGGUAACUUCUUAUGCAGAGUAUUGUAAAUAGGAUUUUUUCUAUUCUGUAUGAAUUUUAGAACUUUAAUUAUGAUUAUGAAGAAACAUUGUAAUUCUUAAUGAAUUAAAGUGUUGUGUCAUUAGUUGAGAGAUGAAUACAUUUUUCAUUGCAAUGAAUCUUACCAAACAAAAUUUGAUGAAUUAUUGAUGCCUUGAAAUAAAGACUAAUAACAUUACCUACAGAUAGCUUGUGUAAGGAAGUUUCUCGCAUUUUUAAUGUCAUUGUUAUGUUUUAGAGAUUGGUGUUUAUGGUACAUGUAUGAUUUGAUUGAUGUAGCAGGUUAUUGUGAUUUUUGCAGAUGAAUCAAAAUAGUUACUGGUAUUUUGUUUAUUUCUUUACUUCUGGUUGUUUGUAUUGUUGAAAUGGUCUUGAAGUCUGAUGGAGUGUUAAAUGACCAUUUUUUUAAUUGAAAUUAAUUUUUUGAACUGUGUAUAUACACGCGGUUUUAAUUUCUAAUCUACUAUAACUUACAUUGUUUUAAACAAGAUGUUAUUUCUAAAAAUAUGUAUAAUGCUUACGACUUGUAUAAUCUAGAUUUUUGUACUCGAUUGUACAUUUGACUGUUGAUUUGCAAACAUUUGUUUUGUACAAUAUCUUUAGUAAAAAUUUAUACCUCAUACAAUUUGGUAGAGUUCCUAUGAUGUUGUUAGGUAUACUUACAUACUGUACAAUUGAUCAAACAGUAUGCUAAGAGACUGGAAUAAAAUAUGCAUAAUAUGUAAUGACAUAAUAUUUUAUGUGUACUUAAUAUGCAUCUAAUAACUCGAAACUCAUUUGAAAGCUUGAACAAAGUGUAUUGAUGAUAAGAUAUGGAGUAUCAAACAUUUAUUAUGCAAUUUUGCAAGUAAAAAUAUAAAUGAGCCUCGUCCUGGGAAAAUGGGGCUUAAUACAUUUACAUAAUAUUGUCCCAGAUUAGCCUGUGCAGUAUUCACAGGCUUAUCAUGUAGAACGCUUCCGUUUUUAUGGAUUUUUAUAUAAAAGAAGUCUCUUUUUAACUUAAUAACAGUUUAGGUGGAAAGUAGUGUCCAUGAUUAGCCUGUGAAAACUGCACAGGCUAAUCUGUGCACAGUUUAUGCACAUGCAUUAAGCCCUGUUUUCCCGGGACUAGGCUCAAAUUUAAGUAUAGAACCUUUCAACUCCGUUCUUAGAACCCUUUACCACUUAGAUACGUAUGUGCACGCAUUUGAAGUCCCUUUGAAAGUUAAAUUUAAUUAGAUACCUUUAUUACUAAAUUCAGGUUUUAAAGGCUUCAUUUUCAACCCUUAGAUACUGAUGAGCAGCAAACAGCAUAAAACCUGAAUAGACUGCGAGUUACAACUCGCAGGCUGUUCAGGUUUUAUGCUGUUUUCACAUAGCCAUUUUCACUUUGCUUCUUAGUGGGAAAGGGUUAAUGAUGUGACUGUACUUCCUAUUGUUGAAUUGUAUUGUGUACAUGGUUAAGUGACCAAAGAAUGACUUGCAAUGUAUACAUGAUAUUAUGCCAGAAUGUUUUCAUAAUUGUACAUACCUAUUGACAUUGAACACCAACUUGUGCCAUCUGAUUUUCUUUGUCAUGCUACAGAAAAAGGAGUUCAUAAAAGGCUUGUACUUUAUAAGCAUUUACUGUUUGUGUUUUACUGUUUGUUAGCAUUUGUUUACUUUCAGCAAAAGUAAUGACGCCCUUGUUAAAAAUAUUUUUCUAUGUACCAUGUUUCUAUUUUUGUAUUUUCUUCAUUCAUAAGACUUGCAUGCAAGAGAAUGUUUGAAAAACGUAUGCAAGAAGUAGAUGUUAAUCAUGACAUGCUUAAAGAAUAAUAGAACAAUUUCAGUAUUGUAGUGUGGUGCAAAGUUGAACAGUACAAGUUUUUUUCAGGCAACUUUAUAUGUAUUAUACCCCCACCCUCUCCAAUGAAAAGUAAAGGAGGGAAUAUACUGCAAUCACUAUGAACGAACGUCUGGCUGCCUACCUUACUGUCUGUUUGUCCAUAAAAAGGAAAAUUUGUUUGGAUAAGCUCUCCUACACUUUUCAAAGUGCAAUAUUCAAAUUUGCUUGGAUUAUUCCCUAUAAAGUUGUGCAUGCAUGAUUUUUACAGUAUACAAAGGUAAAAUUUCUGUAAUAUUAAUAGGAUUGCUGUAGACUUAAUAAGCGAAAAUAUGCAUCUUUGAAACCACAAUGUGCAGAUGGGUCACACUUGGUAUGGGAUGUUGUAUAUUAGAAUUUGAUUUAAGAAAUUUAAUAAAAUUUUAUGAUGAUCUGGGGGUUAAAAAUGGCCAAACCGUGGGGUCCGAUAAGUUAUGAUGUAGAAAAAUAACUUUUUCCACAAACAACAAAGCCAAAAUGUCUAGUUGGGUAAUAUUUGGUAGGCAAGAUAUUAUUGUAUUGUGGUUCUAUACAAAUGUCAAAUAAUGGUAAACACUGUCUACACCCUGGGUCCAUUUUUAGCUCGACCAUUAUAUAUGAAAUAUAUUGUAGAGCCAUCCUGCUCACCCCGGGUCCGCAUCUGCGUUAGCGUGCAAAUGUUAAAGUUUUCGUACUUCCCCAAAUAUUUUCUUUGUCCCUUGACAUAUUGCUUUCAUAUUUUUCAUACUUGUUUACCAACAUGACCCCAACCUAUAAACAAGAGCAGACAACUCUAUCAAGCAUUUUGUCAUAAUUAUGUCCCCUUUUCCACUUAGAAUAUGCAGCAAAUGUUAAAGUUGUUGUACUACCCCAUUUAUUUUCAUUGUCCCUUGACAUAUUGCUUUUAUAUUUUGCAUACAUGUUUACCAACAUCACCCCAACCUAUAAACAAGAGCAGACAACUCUAUCAAGCAUUUUGUCAUAAUUAUUGCCCCUUUUAUACUUAGAAUAUGCAUAUUAUUGAUAAAUCUAUGUAAAAGUUUGCGUACUACCCCAAAUAUUUCCUAUAUCCUUUGAUAUAUUGUUUUAUAUGUUUCAUACUUGUUUACCAACAUGACCCCAACCUAUAAACAAGAGCAGACCACUGUAUCAAGAAUUUUUACAUAAGUAUGGCCCCUUGUACACUUAGAUAAUUGAACAUUUUGCUUUAAUUGCCAUAACUUCUUUAUUUAUGAUCACAUUUUAUUAUUACUUUGACUAAACAACACUUACCUGAAUACCACAAUGGAUUCCACCCAAACAAUACCCCACGCCCCUACCUAGAAUCCCUCCCC